GCGUAAUUUUGUAACAAAUUUGUGACGAAAAGAUACUUGUUUUGUGAGGGAGCGGUGCACAAGUUCUGAGGUAGCUGUUUCUAAAUGAAUGUCGGAGUGAAGCAGGCUUGUAGAGUAGUCACAGCUUACAGAGGUCAUCUCCUCAGUCUAACUACUAGUACCAGGUCAGCAGGAACUAUGUCUACUGCAGAAAAGCAGCCAGGUCCAGUCGAGUCGGUCAUCAGAGAAAAGCUGAGUCAGCAUUUCCAGCCUUCCCACCUAGAUGUCAUCAAUGAGAGCUACAUGCACUGUGUACCACCUGGUUCAGAAACACAUUUCAAGGUGGUGGUGGUCUCUGACAAGUUUGAUAACGAGGCCAUUAUAAAGCGACACAGAAUGGUGAAUGGCGUGCUACAGGAGGAGCUAGAGGGGCCUGUCCAUGCACUCUCUAUCAUGGCAAAAACACCAAAACAGUGGGAAGACUCUGGAGGCAAAGUGUCCAAGUCUCCAGCGUGUAGAGGUGGUAUGGGGCAGUGACCGGCUUCAGCAAACCAAAAUUAUUAGAAUUCUACUCCAGGGUUUUCUUCAGCAUCCAUUACUUCAGGCCAAUUUUUGGCGAUGCCUCAUGGGGCCAAGGCAUUUGUGUACAUACAUGUACUACCGUAAUGAUAGCUUUGAAAGAAUUUCAAUCACAAAUGCAUUCCCUAGGGAAUUGCUUUUAAGGUAGCCUUCGGCCAUGUGGUCUUUGGACCGAGAAGUUAAGGCCUUUGUUCCUUUUGCACAGAGAAUAGCUGUCGUAAUGUUUUCACCAUAUGACAUGAUAUAGAAAAUAUAACGUUAACGUCAAAGAGUGUUUUACUACUGAAUCAGUAUCACAUGCUGGGAGUACUGUCAGCCCACCCAGGCCAUUAGCCACUAGUGAAAGUAGGUCACCAUAUAGUAGAUGAUAUGUCGUCGGUUGAAGACUAGUGAGCCGUUCAUCGAUACAGAAAUUUGCCCAUGUACGUAAAAAGGUAAGAGU